CCAGCCCACACGCGAGACAGAGCCGCCGCUCGUUCGUUCUUUCCCCCCUUCUUGUCAUAUCUUGUGACCAGCCGCUAGAACCGCCUUGCCCCGCCGUCCGUCGCCCCUGCUGCUCCGCCGCGUUUCCUCCCCAUCUGCCGCCCUCCGUUGCUGCCCCAAGGUACCGAGGGAGAUUGACAUGGGGAUUUGAGUGGGAGAGGUUGGAUCUACAAAGGGGUGUGUGGAUCUGAAAAAGCAAGAGCGGCGGCGGAGUGGUCGUUCCGAUUCCUAUGUUCCCUAGAUCCGAACGUGAGAUGCCGCCGCCGGCGGCGGCGGACUGGUCGGGCGUCCACCAAGACAUCCUCAGCCGCAUCUUCCUCUCGCUCGCAUGCAUCGGCGACCGGGUCAGGGUCUCCGCCGUCAACCAGCACUGGCGCGGCGUGGCGCUGCAAAACCCGGCCCCGCUCCCCUGGCUCCUCACGCCCUCCACCGCCGGGACCUCCUGCCACCGGAUCUUCGGCGGGUUCGCCGACCCGCAGCCGCCCCUCGCCGGCGCCGUCCGCGGGGCGCGUUUCUGCGGCUCCUCUCCGGGCGGCUGGUCCGUGGUCGUGCUCCACCAGUGGCACGGCCACGCCCUGCUCAACCUCCGCUCCGGCGAGCGCGUCCCCCUCCCGGACCACGUGCGCGUCCCCCUGAGCCACGGGCGCACCCCGCCGAACUCCAACUUCCUCAGGUGCCCCAUAAUGAUCCGCGCCGCCGCCAUGUCCGCCGCGCCGCCGUCGGCUGCCUGCGUCGUCGCUGCCCUGACCACAGGCCAGACCACCAUGGCGUUCUGGCGCCCGGGCAUGGACUGCUGGUCGCCGGCGCCGCGGGGGGCUCCGUAUGACGCCCAAGACCUGACGUACCACGACGGAUGCUUCUGGGCCGUCGGCCCCUGGGAGCAGCUCUUCUGUUACAGGCCAGAGAUUGCCGGCGCAGACGGUGCGCUUACUGUUCAACAUCUUGUCUACGACUGCUGUGCCGACGGGAUGACCCUGGCAGCGCCCGGGGUGAUCGUCUCCCGCUACCUCCUGCCUGCCGCCUCCGGCGAAGAUUUGCUAAUGGUGAAGAGGUUCGUCGAUCCGGCGAGAGGCGGCACUAGGCGGUUCGAGGUCUUCAGGCUAGAGAAGCAACUUGGCAGAACCUCCUGGCGCUUCUACAAGAUGGAGGGGCAGGUGCUCUUCGUCGGCCGGAGCUGCUCCAAGGCCUUCGACACAGGUCGGAGCGGCAAGCCGGGCUACAUCUACUUCCUCGACGAUGUCUAUGGUGGCCGUCCGAUGAGCGUCCUCCAGCAGAACGAGUAUCCCUGCACCGACACGGGCGGCUGGAGUUGCUCCCCUGACGAUGAGGAAAUCAAGCGCUGCCUGCCAUGGGCGCAUCCCUCCGACUGCUCACCGUCCAUUUGGUACCUCCAUUGAUCUACCAGGAGUUGGUUUAUAGGUUUCGAUCUCAUCAUAUUUCCGUAAUUUUAUUUAGAGUCUUUGUUGCACAUCGAACAUAUGCCGUGUUCCCGGUCAGUGUCUCGGUUUGUUGUCUUCGCCGUUGUUGUGGUCGUGUUGUCGCUCUUGUUGUAAUAUGGCUAUGGGAAACUGGAGUUUGUUGUAUGUACUCUACUUAAUCGGAAGAUUGUUGUGAAACUCAUUUCAUCAAUGAAACUCUGAACUCUUCAGACUA